CUUCUAAAAAUCCAGCACUUGCUCACAAACCGAUAACUUCCUCAGCAGAAAAAAUUAUUGUUCCAGUUUCAUUUCCACUUUCACAGCUGCUUCCUUCUCUUCAUCGCCCCAUAUAUAUUUUCCUGUGCAACUGAUUAUAGGCUUCAUGUUUAUAUAUAUGGGACUGUAGGAACGAUUGCAACAUUAUCUUGGUAAAUUCCAGUGCAUAUUCAGCUAUCUGCAUUUUUUUUAUCUUCUCAAAACCCACAAAUUAAAGAAGCACAAGUUUUAUGCCAACAGUCUAUGAAGAAGUGUUUUGUUAGCGCAUCCUUUAUCUCAGCAUUCUGAGUCAUUAGGAGAAACCACAGAUCAUUUAAGCGAGAUUGCAUCAUCAUUUUGGUAAAAUCUACAACAUAUUCUGCACUCCGCAUUUUUUUAUCUUUUCAAAACCUUCAAAUUAAAGAAGCACAAUUUUCAGUCUAUGAAGAAGUCUUGUUAGCACAUCCUUUAUCCCAUCAUUCUGAGUCAUUUGGAGAAACCACCAACCAUUUAAGUGAGAUUUCAUCAUUUUGGUGCAAUCCACAACAUAUUCUGCAAUCUACAAUGUUUUCCUUCUCAAAAUCCUUAAAUUGGAGAGCAUAUGUUUCAAGCUAGCAGCUAAAAGUACAUUUGCCAUAUAUCUGUGGAGAAGCCUGUCCCCAAGCAUAUCUUCUCUUUCAACAUUCGAAGUAUUUAGAGAAAGCACAAGCAACUUAAACCAGAGACUAUAUUAUGGAGAACUUUGUAGGGCCAAUCAUUGAAAUUGUGAAGUCUGUUGGUGGUCCAAUUGUGAGGUACCUAAAAUAUCAGAUAAAGUUCAAUGGUCAUUUGGAACAAUUCAAUGCAAGGAAACAACGCUUGUGUAGCCGAAAGGGUGAUAUUAAAUCCAUAUUGGACACACAGCUUCACUAUGGGAAAGUUGCAAAGGAGGAAGUGCAAACAUGGUUGGAGGAAGCAGAAGAGUUUAUUGCUAAAGACAUUGCAGCUGAAGUGAAUGGUUGGGGAUGUCUCUCAUGUUGUUGUCGAGUAAAGGUUCUACAGGAAAGGGCUCGAGAAUUGCAGGAAAUAUAUGAAAGAGGGGAUAGUUUGGCUAACAAGUGUUUGGUCAAAGAUGAUCCAUCUACUUCAGGAGUGAAAUUGCCAGCAUCAGAAUUACAAGGUAGUGGAGAUGUCAAAGAAGAAAUUUUGGCAUGCUUGAUGGGAGAUGAGGUGACAAAGCUUGGUGUUUGGGGAAUGGGGGGAGUUGGAAAAACAACAAUCAUGGAGAAUGUCCACAACGAGUUGUUGAAAGAAGCCAAAUUCAAGAAAAUAAUUUGGGCAACAGUGUCACAACCCUUUGAUAUCUACAAAUUGCAAGAGCAAAUUGCAUCCACCUUGAAGGAAGAAGAUACACGUAAGCAUCCAAAUGCAACUGUACGUGCAGGAAUGUUAUUAAAGGUGUUACAAAGACACAUGCCUUACUUGUUGAUUCUAGAUGAUGUAUGGGAGAGCUUUGAACUUACAGCUGUUGGAAUUCCUGAGCCAUUGAAAGGUGAUGGUUGCAAGUUGGUAUUGACUACAAGGUCACAAGAAGUUGCUCGUGGAAUGGAUUGUGAGAUAAUUGAAGUGAAGACUCUUCCAAAAGGUGAAGCUUUAAAAUUGUUUAUAAAUAAAGUUGGAGAUAUUGUUUUAUCAGAUCAAGGGUGCAUUAAAGGAGCUUUAGAAUCAACUUUAGAGGGGAUUGUAGAUGAAUGUGAUGGCCUCCCCUUGGCAAUUGUUACAGUUGCUGGUAGCUUGAAGAGAGUAUCUGAGCCACGGUUGUGGAGUGCUGCAUUGAAUCAAUUGAAAGAAUGCAAAAGAAAAGUAGCAGGUACAAAUGAUGAUGAUGCAUUUGGGAUAUUAAAAUUUAGUUAUGAUCGUUUGGAAUCCUCAAAAUUCCAACAUUGCUUUUUAUGUUGUGCAUUGUAUCCUGAGGACCACAAUAUCCCAAUACAUUCUAUAAUUGAUUAUUGGAUUGAUGAAGAGCUAAUAGAUGAAAAGGAGACUGUACAAGCAAUGGAGGAUGAUGGCCUUUAUAUAUUGAGGAAACUUGUAGACAAUUGUUUGUUGGAAUCCAAUAAAGUAUUUGAACAUGAUUGUGUGAGGAUGCAUGAUCUUGUUAGGGACAUGGCACUGCAAAUUACAAAAACGAGUCCUCGGUUCAUGAUAGAAGCUGGCAAGGCAUUAACAAAGCUACCUGAGAAGGGAAAAUGGACGGAAGAACUUGAAAAGGUUUCAUUAAUGUGGAAUAGGAUAGAAGAAAUUCCUUCAAGCAUCCUAUCUUCAAAAUGCACAAGCCUCACAACUUUGUUGUUGUCCCACAAUAAUUUGUCAACAAUUUCAGAAUCUGUCUUUGAGCAUAUGCCUUCACUCAAAAUUCUUGAUCUUUCCCACAAUUGGUUGAGGAGUUUGCCAGUCUUUGAGCAUAUGCCUGCGCUCAAAAUUCUUAAUCUUUCCCACAAUUUUGGGCUGAGGAGCUUGCCAAGUUCCAUUUCCAAAUUGGUGAAUCUCACUACACUCUUGUUGCAAGGGUGUCGAUCCUUAACAGAGGUUCCAUCUUUUUCAGAGUUUGGAGCUUUAAAAAAGUUAGACCUUGAUGAGACAACAAUCAAAGAAGUCCCUAAAGGCCUAGAAAUGUGUACAAAUCUCAAAUAUCUUAGUCUUAGAAAAGGUCAACCUGGACAAUAUUGUAGCAUAUUAGAUGAUGCAACAUUAUUAAAUCUCUCCAAACUACAACAAUUAUUUGUGGACGAGAGAAUAGCGUUAAGAGGGGAAGUGAUAGGGAGAUUGGAGAAGCUGGAAGCUUUUCAUGGCAGGUUCCCUACAGCGCAUGACUGGAGCAACUUUUUGAAAUGUUUUUAUGGUAAAGGAGAUCAGCUGAGUAGAUACUCUGUUGCAGUUCGAAAAUAUGCUUACGUGAUCCGUCAUAAAGGUUAUCGAAGAGUGGAAUUGCAUGGAAUAGAUAUUGUUGGAGAGAAUAUAAUAUUGCCACCCUCAGCAGAUGGAUUAUGCAUUGGACAUUAUCACAACCUAAGAAGCUUAAAUGAUUUUUCUUCCAUUAAAGAUGCAACAGAUUUGAGGAGCUGCAACAUUGAGGGUUGUGAAGGCAUGGAGUGUGUUUUUAGCUCGUGGAUAAACCCACUCGUCCAAACCCUCGAGCAAUUGCAUCUUGAUGAAUUGGUCAAGUUGGAAGGCCUAUUUGACGCAGAAAUGAUCGCCAUGUCCCCACCACCGCCACCUGGCACCUUUUCAUCUCUUAAAUCUAUUCGGCUUGUGGGAUGUGGUAAAAUAAAGACAUUCAUCCCGUCUUGGAUGUUGUUAAGGUGUCUCCAAAGUCUUGAGCAAAUUGAUGUCCAGAAUUGUGAAGAAAUUGAAGAAAUAAUAGCAUCAGAUCCAGAAGAAGAAGGAGGGGACAUCAUCAAGGAACUCAUUGUUCCAAAAUUAAAUCGGCUGAUAUUGUGCAGGUUGCCUGCAUUGAAGAGCAUCUGUAGCAGGAGGGCAGUAAUGGUAUGUGAUUCUCUUCAAACUAUUAUCAUUGACGAUUGCACGUGCCUAAGGAGGAUCCCUCUUUUUCUUCCCCUAUUUGAUAAUGCCCAAUCAUCUCCUCGUCUCAAACAAAUCAACCUAUUACCACAAGAAUGGUGGGAAUCAUCGGAGUGGGACCAUCCCAAUGCAAAGGAGGUCAUUCGACGCAUGUCUAGUUUUUAUCGUUGAUACGCGAUUCCCUCAAGACUCAUUCGACAAGCAGGAAGCAGACUCAGUCUGUCUUGUUCGGUGGGCUUCAAAGGAUGUGCUUUCUACUUUUUAGUUUCUAUCCUUGUGUGGAUUUAAGUGUGAUUAUUGUGCGUUCAAUUUCAUAUUGUGUUUGUGUGUGAGAAUAAUUGUGUUGAAAACAGGCUUCAAAGAAUGUGCUUUCUACUCAAUGUAAAUGUACAUAUAAAAUAUGUUGUCAGUCCAAUCUUUGUGAUUUAAGGCUAAGUUGGAAUUCCCACUUGGAACAAUCAAAUCAACAAUUAAUUCUCUUCUUCUGUUCUGUUAGUGUGAUAGCUUCCUAUUCAAUCGAACUACAGAUGGCAAGAAUUCAAAUGUUUGAUUUUAAAGGUUCAGAGAAAUUUUGUGAGCCAAGCAUAAAGGUUGAGGACUCUC